UAGCAUCAAAGGCAUCUACUGCACUGAAAGGAAGAGGCUCUGUUAAUAAUUUAGAAAAGAGAGUUUAAUAGUUCUUAUCCUGUUUUUUAUCAUUUUGAUUCAUUUCACCACUGAAAAAAGGCAAAAUGACCAGUCUGCUGUGUAUCACUAUAUUCUCCUUGACCCUCGCUUGCAGUGCGUACAGUCAGCCGGCAGGCACUCCCAUGCCACAUUCAGUUAAGCUGUUCGCUGAACUGGGAGGCAACGUUACCUUGCCGUGCCGUCUCCCGCAUCAUAGCUCCAGUUUCUUCAACGUUGGCAUCCGAGUCAAAUGGACCAAGAUUGCUGAGGACGAGGCUCUAAAUGAGGACGUUUUGCUUUCCAUGGGCUUCCACAAGAAAACUUACGGGAGCUUCGAGGAUCGCGUCUUUCUGCAGGAGGACGAUAGCGAUGACGCUUCCUUGGUGAUAACUGACCUUUCCACGGAUGAUUCAGGAACGUACCGUUGCGAGAUCAUUAAUGGAAUGACAGAUUCCAUACAAGAGACUGCCUUGGAGGUGCAAAGUGAUAUGACUGAUGGUGUGGUGUUCCCCUACUCACCACCUAUUGGCCGCUACAGCUUCAACUUUGAAGAGGCUGUGCAGGCUUGUUUGGAUCAGGAUGCUGUGGUCGCCACCUUCGAAGACCUGUUCCAAGCCUGGAAGGCUGGCCUGGACUGGUGCAAUGCAGGCUGGCUGGAUGACGGCACUGUGCAAUAUCCCAUAACAAAGCCCAGAGAACCCUGUGGUGGUGCCGAAAACGGUCCAGGCCUAAGAAGCUAUGGCAAACGUGACAAGUACCUGAGCCGCUUUGAUGUCUUUUGCUAUGCCACUCCAUUGAAGGGAAAUUUCUACUGGCUGACUCAGCCCGAAAGGCUCAACUUUGACGAGGCCGUCCAAGCUUGCCACGAUGACGGUGCUGAAAUUGCCAAGGUGGGGCACAUGUACGCCGCUUGGAAGCUGGAAGGCUACGAUCGUUGCGACGCCGGCUGGUUGGCCGACGGCAGCGUGCGCUACCCAAUCUCCAGACCCCGCAAGAACUGCAGCCCGACAGAGGCUGCGGUGCGUUUUGUUGGAUUUCCAGACAAGCAAGAACAGCUCUACGGCGUCUACUGCUUUAAGCCUGACGCUUGAUUAACCCAGUAGAAGCCAUAACCACCAAAGAGCUGCAACCACAACCCUAAAUUUGUGCUUCAUCUUCCGAUCACGAUAACUUCCAGAAACUGGGUUUACAUUCACUUAAUUUUCUACCAUUGACGGCGAUAGACGUUCAGUUCAUUCAUCCAUUUCUGAAUUGGACGUCCAUCGCUGUUAAUGGCAGUGAAGGAGGUAAGAACUCCCACUUGCAUAUGCAAUGAUUAAAAACAUAAAUAAAACAGCGACAAGGAGUAGAUUUUUCUUCGCCACAGAGUGAUUUAGUGCUGCUAUGAUCAAAGUGCAAACGUUAAAACCAGUUUUGGUUUCUCAUAAAUGAACGUAACAAAACUAUGCAAUACAUUUAUUAAAAACUUGACUACAUCUUUUGGGCUGCAGUUAACAUGUUAUAUUACAGCUUCAGUGCUUAAAUGUUUUCAUUUCAACCACAUGGAGAUGUUUUUUUUUUGCCUGUAAAAUGAAUGUAAACAAUUUAGACUGUGAUGGAGAGCACUAAACGUAUCAGCUGCCAUAAAAUUGACAUGAUAUUACUUGUUUUUUUUUAAUAUUGUUUUUUUUUUUAUCAUGAAAAAAAAACAAGUUCACGUGCAGUGGUAUGAAUUAUUUUCGGACGCAUCUAUUUAAAUCACAGGUGUCAAACUCACGGCCCAUAAAAUAAAUGAUUUAGUGUGGCCCGUGAAAGUGUUCCUCGCUAAAGUCAAAUUUAAACAUGUUUUCUGUAGUCUGUAAUAAAAGUUGAAAGACAACAGAAAUCAGAAUAUUUACAUUUUUCACAUUUUAAAUACAAAUACUUUAAUCAAAAAAAGAUAUCUAUUUUCCUUUUCCGUUUCAUUAUUUUUUUUCAAAAUGUAACUCAAUCAAAAAUGAAUAAAAAUAUUCAAAAAUAUAAAAAGGGAAUAUUUAUCGUUUUUUAUUUGAAACAAACUAAAAUAAAUAUUCCCUUUUUUAUGUGUUUUAUUGUUAAAACGAAAGGUCGACUGAAAUAUCGGCUGGCCGAUAGAUCGGGCCGAUAUUUCGUGUUUUUUCAAGAUUGGCUAUCGGCCGAUUUAGUAGGAUAACUGGUAUGUUCUUAUUUCUUAUGAACGGUGACCGACAUAUUGGCCGCCCGAUGUAAAAAGACAAUAUAUGGACUUUUUUCAAUAUCAGCCGAUAUGAUAGGAUAACUCUUUCGUUCACUGUUUGGCUGAUAACCUUGGUUCAAAUUUAAUUUUUCACCACCUAUUUGCCAGUGUUACAAAAUUAAAUAGCAGAUGAAUAAUUUUAAAUAUAUACGUUUAUAUUAUGAGUGUUUUGCUUGCCUUUCCUAAUCAACAUGCUUUCAAAAAAAAUAAAUAAAUAAACUUUAAAAUCGGCAUUGCGUUUGAAGGAAACAAUAACUACAAUGUGACCUGUAACAGAGAUGAGUUUGACACCUCUAAUUUAAAUGGUUAGGAUUACAAAUAAUGUUUAUAACCCACUUGUGCCUGGAAAAAAUGUGAAAAAAAUGAUAAGUAAUAACACCGAUUAACAAACGCAAUAUUUGACAAUGCUGGCAUUCCUGAGUCAGGCAAUAUGUUUACAAAAAACAUUGUAGUGUUCUACAAAGCAAUUUAACUCAA